GUAAAAGGUCACUCUGUCUAACGUGUCGUCAGACUGUAACCGGUGUCACUGUGCCGGGGUUGCUGCUGAGCACCUACCUUCGCAACAACUGUAAAAAUAAAUAAAAAAAAUAAAUAAUGGCCAAAAAGCGGAGAGAUAUACGAGACGCAGACAAUUUGUCCUCAUCGGCGCAGACGGAAGUGAAGUCUGGCGACAGAGACUCUCAGCUUCUGAAAGAGGCUCAACAAAGUAUAGGAGGCUCAACACGCAUGUCUCUGCUAAUUCUGGCAUCAAUAUUUGCGUGCUCGGCCUCAGUCAUGUACUUGGUCUACAGGAACUUCCCAGAACUUCAAGAUGAUGAAAUGGAAAAAAUCAAGAUCCCUAAAGACAUGGAUGACGCCAAAGCUUUAGGAACAGUGUUGUCCAAAUAUAAGGACACCUACUACACCCAGGUGUUGGUAGCAUAUUUUGCAACAUAUAUUUUCCUCCAGACGUUUGCUAUCCCUGGAUCAAUCUUCCUCAGCAUCCUGUCUGGCUACCUUUACCCUUUCCCUUUGGCUCUUUUCUUAGUCUGCUUGUGUUCUGGACUUGGAGCUUCCUUCUGCUACCUGUUGUCAUAUCUGGUGGGCCGACCGGUGGUCUACAAAUACCUCACAGAGCGAGCACAAAAAUGGUCCCAGCAGGUUGACAAACAUAGAGAUCAUUUAAUCAAUUACAUCAUCUUCCUGAGGAUAACCCCCUUUCUUCCAAACUGGUUCAUUAACAUCACCUCUCCGGUCAUCAACGUGCCUUUGGGGGUGUUCUUUGUCGGAACCUUCCUCGGAGUGGCGCCACCAUCCUUUGUAGCGAUCAACGCUGGAACAACGCUGUACAAGCUCACCACAGCCGGCGAGGCCGUGUCCUGGAACUCCCUGGCCGUGCUGGGCAUCCUCGCCGUUCUCUCCAUCUUGCCCGUCUGCUUCCAGAAAAAGCUGCAGCAGAAACUCGAGUAGAACUCUUCGAACACCUCAGCAUCUCCUUCGCCGACUGACCCUGCGGUUCCCUUUGCUCAGCUCAGGACCUCUGCCGUCGCACUGUAGCUGCGUUUGCGUCAGUCUCGUGCGCAGCUGCUGGGGUGCCAUUUGUGGAGAAGUCAUAACAAGCACUGACCACAAAAUGCAUGCUGUGGUGGACUUUGUUUUUUUUUUCAUGCUAAGUAACAUGUAAACUACUUCUGUGCAGAAUCAUUUUCUGACUAGUGUUGCUGAUUCUGGCACAGUUUGUAAAUAAGAAAUUUGAUUUAUUUGUUUUUAUUUAAGGCACUGCUUAUUUUAAAAAAAAGAUUCCAGACAGGUUCAGGUGCUAUCGGUAGGAUGCUUUCAUGGUUUUGCUGCAGUGCACGGGUUGUUAGUCUGUCUGCAGCAGAGCAAUUAAUAUUUUAUUUAAACUGUAGUGAACAUCCACCUUUAAAGUCACCAGAGCAAUGGUUGCCUAUCUCUAGCCAAAUAACAACUUCCAAAUGGUCAAGUCUUUAAUUCUAUUAAUAUUUAUUUGAACAUUUUCGUGUCUGGUUUUAUCUCAUUUAUCUGUACCACCACAGCAAUAAUGUUACACUGUUCUAUUUUAAUUUUUUUUUUUGAAUGCCUCAUGUUUUGAGGUUAAAAUGGAUGUUCUAACUAAAAUUGUGCCUGAAUUCACUGCCACACUGUUUUCUUUGUGACUUCUAUGUUAACAUAAGCAGCCUAAAGAAGGACUUUACUUUUUUUCCCCUGACAUGCUCGAAGUUAAUGUUUCAUUUCCUGAGAAGAUUUCCAGGGAUUGUUACACUUCUGCUAUCUUAAACUUAUUCAAAGUAAAUAUUAAUGAGAGGGGGUUAAGAGGGCUGUAUUUGUGUGCUUAAAAACACUGUGGACUUUGAAAAUGGAACUUAUGCAUUUGGUGAGGGAAAUAAAUAAAUCAUGAUGAAUGCAAUCUUAUUAAAUUUUUCUAUAUAGACUUCUAACUUCAUAUUUCUCCCAAAUUUUGAUUGAACUAAAAAAAAAAAAAAAAUAGCACAGCGAUGUAAACCAGCCCCAGACUAAAUAUUUAUUUGUUCUUAAUGGUAUUUUCUUCCUAAAAACUAAGAUAAUUUUUUGUCAUCCCUUUUCAUUUAAUUAAAUUGCAGUAUUAUCCUGUGCCGAGUAGUGAAGUCCUUCUGUUUCUGUAACAAACGGAUAAGUUUCUUUAUGUCCAGACUAAGCUUUUUUUUAAAUCACCAAUUACAAUGUUUUUACUUUGCAAUUAAUGUGUCUGUAAGAAGAGCAUGUUACUUCUUUUGUAGAUGCUUGAUGUUGAAUUUCUCAAGUAUGAGGUUUUAAUGGAUGGGUUAUUUUAUUGCAUUUUUUGUGUUCAUAAAACAUCACGUUCUCUUGAAUGACAACGUUCCUCUUUCACAUGUUUGCUUUACUUCAAAAAAAAAAAAAACUUUAACUAGAGCAAGAGAUUUCAUACAACUAAAGUGUGAAUAGUGCCACCAAGUGGUGAUGAUUGGCUAUUCAGGUCAUUCUUUCGUAUUCAAGUUGAUUGGCAGAGCUUUUAGGAGGGAUUUGGGAUUUCUAAAAAAUUUGGCGACCGACAUUUUCAGUUUUUUUUAAAUCGAUCUUACGAAAAUGUACAGAUCAGAGCCCUGUCCUACGCAGCACAAAUCAUUUAGUCCUAUGUCGAGAUAUUUUAGAAAACGACUAAAUAACUUUACACUUUAAAAUGUGCAAUAAGAAGGCCUGCAUCUGUAUAUCAACAACCCUUUGUAAGAACAUUUGUUGGAGACAGUUUCUCAUGCAAAUUAAGUAUGUCUGUUAAUUUAGAAGCUAAUGGUUGAAAUCUAAUUCAAUUCUCAUUUUAAAGCUUGUGCCAAUUUUAAGAGCCCAAUAAAGCGGAUUUGAAUUGGUUCCUUA